AUGACGAGUUGUGACAUAAUAACGAACACAAGUGAUGGCAUUCGUUUCUUCAACUUUAACUCUACGGAUGGAUUGAAGCUCAUCGCUAAAGAGUCAGAGAAUGCAGCGAGGGCUAUAUGCUACACACCAGAUGGGUCCGUUCUAGGGAUAAGCGAUGGUGAAAGAAUCAGCAUUCGAAAUGGUGAUGACAACAUUGAAUUUGCAUCUAUCGAUCACACUAAUGUAUCAAAACUGGUAAUUUCGCCGGAUGCGAAAUAUAUUUGCACGUUUGAGCCAUUUCGAAAAACUCCUGAGUACCCAGAAGGUCGGCCUAAUUUGCACGUAUUUGAGGUUGCAUCGGGCAAAGUAAUCGAUUGUCGCGUUCAUACUCUGGAAGGAACAUGGCGUCCGCAGUGGUCCCUUGACAGCAAGUUAUGUGUUCGCGUUUGGCAGGGCGAAAUUCAAUUUUAUGUAAAUAACAACCUUGGCGAGAAGCCAGCAAAACGUCUGACACUGAAAGGCAUGCGGCAUUGCUCGCUCUCAAAGUCUGUUAGGAAUCGCAAUAUUGCCGUGUACACACCUGGUGAAAAGAGUGCACCUGCAACAGUGUACAUCUACGCGUGGCGAAAUGGAGACUGCGUUGCUGUGGCUAAUAAGUCAUUCUUCCGCGCCGACACCGUCUCCUUUCACUGGAGUGAUAUCGGGACAAGCUUACUUGUUCUCGCUUCUACUAAGGUUCGUUUCUAUCACUUCCAUUAUCUGCAUCGAAAUGAGCAUGGUGGGCACGAGGUGUCAUUUGGCCUCCUCCUGUGUUGCGGCAUGUUUGUUUGCGGUACUAAAUAUUUCUAA